ACUGUAUUCCAAUCCCAAUCAUCACACAGAAGCACAUGGUUGAUGUACAUAUAUACUAGUACACAUUUCACCAGUAGCACAGACAUGUGCAAGUACAUAGUGGUUGUGAUAUCUAUGGCAUGAUGACUUGGCUUUGACCUGGUUGAAAGCUCCAUCCCUCUUAGUUUCAAGUAACCUUCAAACUGUUUACAGUUUGUUUGUUCUGGUUUCCAUCUGAGAUUAUUUAAGACCACUUACCUUAAAGAAUAAAUGUAACAAGUGAUAAAGCAGACGCAGCAAGCAGUGUGGCAGCAAGCGCGGCAGCGAGCGGAGCAGGCUAGCCGUUGCAGAGGCAAUUUAGAUUUAUCUGCCAAAACACCACUAGAAAUCAAGGAUGACGGGCAGGGCUAGGGGAAGAGCAAGGGGAAGGGGCAGAGCCACUGCCAAGCCCCCAGCAGCAGAGGCACCUAGUAUGGAACGUCGACCAGGAGAACCAGCACCCCCACCAAUGCAGCAGGCAGCACCCCCACAGGAGGCAGCUGGUGGCAUGCCAGUACCAGGAAGAGGGCGGUCGCGUGGUGGUACCACUCAACCAGGACCUGGAGCCAUACCAAAGCAGGAGGGCCCGAUGCAUGACAUGCCAAGUCAGAUGGCCAAGUUGGCUAUUGGAGCCAGCGGCGAAGGCGGAGUAGGUGGUGUGGUUCCAGAGAGGAGAGGGAGGAGGGGGGAUGAAGAAAUCGAGCCCCGAACCAGACCAGAGAACUUCAACAAGAAAGCUAUGAGUGGACAAGCAAUCCCGCUUUAUGCAAACGGCUUCAAGUUGAAAACUCGUCCGAAUUGGCAACUCCACCUGUACCGGGUUGACUUUGACCCACAGAUUUUGAACCCCAGGGCUAGGUUUGCUCUCCUGAAACAUCACCAAGAACUACUGGGAAGAGAGUUUACACUUGAUAUGGACACCAUGUAUUCCAUCGUCAAGCUUGCAGAAAAAGUGACCAACUUGACAUCAGAACGGAAUGAUGGUAGCACAGCAAACAUCAAAGUGACCCACGUUUCCACCUUGAACCCCAUGGCUCCAAACACACUGCAUCUCUACAAUGUAAUCUUCAGAAGGGUGCUGAAGAUAAUCAAAAUGGAGCAAGUUGGACGGAAUUACUACGAUCCUAAAGCCGCCAUUGAUGUCAAGGCUCAUGGGCUCCAGCUCUGGCCAGGUUUUGUGACCUCCGUCCUUCAGUACGAGUAUGAUGUAUUGCUAAUGUCAGACGUCAGCCACAAGGUUCUGCGUACUCAGACCGUUUUGGAUGUCAUGUACAAUAUCAUGGACAGAUCUAGGGGAAGGUUCAGGGAAGAGAUCAACAAGUCUUUGAUUGGAGAGAUUGUCCUAACCAAGUACAACAACAAGACUUACAGGAUUGAUGAUAUUGACUUCAAUACUACUCCACAAGACACAUUUGAAACACGUUCAGGUCCUGUGACCUAUGUGGACUACUUCAAGAAAAGCCACGACAGGGUCCUAACAGAUCUCAAGCAACCUAUGCUUAUCUCCAACCCAAAGAAGAGGGAGGCAAAGAAGGGCAUUGGACCAGCCUUGCUACCACCAGAGCUCUGUUUCCUUACUGGUCUUAGUGAUGAGAUCCGUUCCAACUUCUCCAUCAUGAAAGACUUGGCCACUCACACGCGAAUCGGACCAAAAGAGAGAUGUCAGGAACUCACUAAAUUCAUCCGAAAGAUUGAUAAUGAUACCACCGCUAAGUCUUACCUCAGAGACUGGGGCAUGGAGUUUGACGAUCAGCCGGUCAAGUUCAGUGGGCGUGUCCUACCACCAGAGAAACUAUUUCAAAAGUUAAAACAGUUCUCCUACAGCCCAAACAAUGCUGAUUGGUCCAGAGACAGUAGGGGCAAUGCUCUCACUGACGCAAAGUUGCUCAGAAACUGGAAGAUAUUCUUCACACGCAAAGAUAGCAACAGAGGACAAGACUUUAUUAACACAUUAGGCAGAGUGGCAAAUCCUAUGGGAAUGAACAUGGCAAAGCCAUCUAUUGUGGAGCUCCGUGAUGACCGCACAGAAACAUACACACAGUCACUCAAGGAAGAAUACUCGCCUCAUACACAGAUUGUGGUGGUGAUUGUGCCAUCAAACAGAAAGGAUCGAUACGAUGCCAUCAAGAAGACAUGCGUGCUAACCCACCCUGUUCCUAGUCAGGUGAUAGUCACCAGAACCAUCUCCAAGCAGCAGAUGCUGAUGUCUGUAGCCACCAAGAUUGCCUUGCAGAUGAACUGCAAGAUGGGUGGAGAUCUUUGGCGCGUUGAGAUCCCGCUGAAUAAUCUGAUGGUGAUUGGUAUUGACUCCUACCAUGACUCACUGUCCAAGGGCCGAUCUGUCAUGGGUUUCGUAGCAUCCAUGAAUCAAUCACUUACAAGCUUCUACUCAUGCUGUGCAUUCCAACACACCUCUGGUGAAUUCGGUACCAAUCUUGCCACCCUCAUGAACAGUUCCCUGAAAAGAUACUAUGAGAUCAACAAGAUGUUCCCAGACCGUAUCAUCAUCUACCGUGACGGUGUUGGAGAUGGGCAAGUCAAUCUGGUAGUGGACUAUGAGAUCCCUCAAAUCAAGACUGUCCUUGACAAAGUCUAUCCUCAGGGAACUGUUCACAAGCUGGGUGUUGUAGUCGUUAAGAAGCGCAUCAAUAACCGCUUCUUCGCAGACUUGAAAGGAGGCCUGUCUAACCCACCCCCUGGAACUGUCGUCGAUGAUGUCGUCACAAAGCCUCAGCUAUAUGACUUCUUCAUCAUCAGUCAGAGCGUCCGCCAGGGCACAGUUUCACCCACUAGCUACAAUGUAGUCUAUGAUACCACAGGUCUCAAGCCAGAUCAUAUGCAGAGGUUGACCUACAAGCUCACUCAUCUCUACUUCAACUGGCCUGGAACUGUACGCGUUCCAGCACCAUGCAUGUACGCACACAAGCUUGCAUUCCUGAUUGGUCAGAGUGUGCAUGACACGCCCAGUGCCGACCUCGCUGACACCCUCUUCUACCUCUAGAUAGCGAGUAAGAGAAAUGAGAUGGAACGGUUUACAAGAUCAAGACUUGAUGUAGUCUAGUAGUGUUCUGCUAGUCAAAACACAGACCUUGCAGUGUUUGUUACAGUCUGUGGUGGUACUACACCUGUUAAGAGUUACAGUACUUCUUUUAUUUUUCUAUUUUUGGGCCAAAGAAAGAGUAAGGAUUGACCUUGCUCUGACAUGCAUGACAAGGAUGAACAUCAAGGUUUGUCUUUUUAGAGAGAAUUCUCCAAGUGAAGAUUCUCACAUGUAUAGCACAAGUCAGAAGAUGGGAAGAAAGUUUCAGAGGACAUUGUGUUAUUGUUGAUACACGUGCACUGUUGAAAUGUUUUAUAUAAAGCACGGAUUGUUUUUGAUAACUUUCAUCACUUGUUAUCUUGUGUAGUAAUGGUACAGUUAUACUUUGUGUUCACUACUGAAAAGCACAAUGCAUAUUUUGUUAAAAACAGAUCAAUAAUAAAAGCAGCCUCUUUUUUUUUUACAUAUGCUCAUAUUUUGCUAUCUUUCUCAAUGUUUUAUUGAAUUGUGUUGGCGAAAAGGAUUGACAUUACCUUUUCCUUUUAUGACAAUUGGGCUUACUACUGCAUAGGGAAAACUUUGAUUGUGGAAGAAUAUGUGUCUGUCAAGUAAAAUGUACAUAUGUUUGUGUUAGGAUUACGUUAGAAUUGUGUUCAUCAAUGUGUUAUUUCGUUAAAGUGUGUCCUUUAACUACUUGUUGCACAUCGGUGUUGCACACAUUCAGUACAUUGAUGCUGUUCAAUCUUCAUAAAUACUAGUCAGCAUGUCAUUAAUACCAAACAAAAUGAUGCCAAACUCUUCAAUGAUAAUACGUUUUUGUAAGAACAUUUAUAGCAGUAUGCAAUUAAUUCAUCUCACAAAAAGUGGAUUGAUAGAGUAGUGUUUCUAGAUUUUGGCAGCACUGAAAAUGUUUUGAAAUUGAAGAAAAUGUGCAAUAUUUCUUCUUCACCAUAAAGACAAAGUUGCACAUACUAAUGACACUCUGCCUUUGGCCUUUUUAGUACUGUAGCAAUUGCAUUGUACAAAUAUAUUGUACAUAUAUUGCUCAAUUCAGUGUUUCAUCUAUGGGACAUUCAUACACAUUAAUCAUUAGUCUAUAAUGAUUAAACAUUGCUCUAAAUUGAUUAUCUUAGGCCUGCAACACAAAGCUUGAUCUCUCUCUACUGAUUUCCAUGAUUUAUAAUAAUGAAAGGGGUUUUUAUAUUGCGCACAUAUCCAGCUUGUUAGGUGCUCAAAGCACUCUUAUAUUGCCCCUGCUAAGAUAGGCUACUGAUUUGGAGGUCAGAGCUUUUGAAGGAAUUACUUCCUACUGGUACCCCUUUACCUCACCUGCAUUGAUUGCAGCCCAUUGUGGAUCAAUUUUUUGCUGAAGGAAAUGUAGUCUUGGCUGGGAUUCGAACCCAUAACCCUCAGUUUAAAAGGCUAGAGUCAGAAUCCCCACAUUUGCAUUUUUACAUGCAAUCAAUGUUAGGAUACUCCCUUAAUUACUCAGUUUGCAAGUCAUCUUCUUUCAACUGCAGCAACUGGAAUUUUUAUAAUUCAUUGCAGGAAAUCUACAAUUACAAGAUAAAAAAAGUAAUUCAUUUCUGAAUUAUGUAUACCUGUGAGCAAGCUCAAAUACACUCGCUUACACACACACUUUACACAUAAAGUUUGAAUUAGUUGAACAACAAACAAUAUCUGUACCAUCCUAUAACAUCUAUAUUUUCAUUCUGUGUUAAAUGUUUAGUUUAUCCAGAAGAAUUCAUAAAUGAAUAAUGACACAAUCGUCGCUUGUUGCCUGGAAAUGUCAUUUCUCUUAGUACCGCUUUUUUUUCGUCUUAUUUUUUUAAGAAAAAAAAAAGAGAAUUUUGCCAAAUGAAGUCAAGCAGCUGUCAUACUUUAAGAUACAAUUUUUUAUUGAUUUAGAUAUAGGUUGCACUUUAAUCGUAGGAACACAGUAAAUGGCUGAUUACACAAAGGUCAGUUCAAGUGAUUCUUGUAAUAUAUGUUUCCUGUUCUGUAAGUGCUUUGCAGAAGAUAUGUUGCAUUCUUUGUCAUUUUGAAACUGGUAAUAGAUAAGUGAGCACUGUAUUCAUUCUUUUUUCAUUCCAAAAUGAUGUAUGCUAGAAGAUAUGAUUUCUUGGGUAAAAAGAAAAAAAAAACCUUGAUUAAGAUAUUGAUUUAGAUAUAAGUAGUUAGCGACCUAUGUAGUACACUUUGUCAUUAAUUUGUAAUACCUCAGUCUCUUGCUCCAUGGUGGCUGUACGGCAAGUCGAAUACAACAGUUUUUGACUCGCAGUACGGUCGCCAUAAGGCGAAUGUGACUGAGGUAUAAUUAAAGUGGGAACGUGCUAGAAGCAGAUAAAUGAGGCUAAUGGUCAGAGAAUAUGUGAAGAGUGUUCAGUCAAAAUUGCCCAAAGUUAGGAUUCGUUUGAAGUUGUGAUCCUUGAAAAUACGGUUUCUCAACUUAUCGAGCAUAUUGUGGCAACUCCACUCCCGUCAUCAUCUACAGGAAAUCUAUUGGAAAUGUCAAAUCUAUAACGAUGAUGGUAAUAGUUGUAGUAAGCAUUUAUCUAUUCAGAAGUGCUCUAUGAGUGUUACCCUUGCUUGUGUUAUCAAUCUAGAAAGCAUAUGUUCAGCGGCAUUGAAUUGUUAAUAUUUUGGCUUUUAAUUAAACUGCUGUUAUCAGUGUUAAGUGCAUUCAAGUAAUCAAAUCAAAGUCAAAUUAGCAUUUCACAAAGACAGAUUUACUUAAAUUCCACGUUGCAUUCUAUACAAACAUGUUACUGCAUUGGGAAUACUUACAGUAGGUAGCCAGUAACGAGAUUUAGAUCUGUCAUGACUUGUACAUUUACACCUAUGAUGCAUUACUUUAAUCCACUCUAGUUUUGUGAAAGCGCAGCCUGAUAUAUUGAACCAGUAGAAUGUGAUGAGCCCAGGGGCCUGUUGCAGAAAGAGUUGAAAUGAAACGCAACUACAAAAAUCAAUUGCAACUUUAUUUUCAACCAAUCAGAAGCACACGCUUGUUCCUUACGUGUAAUUACUUUGAUUUAGGGAUGCUAAUUUUCAGGCUAAAUAUAUGAUGUUCUUAACAUAGUUUGGCAGAUUUUUUUCACGAUUCACUGACUUGUUCUCAUUUUUCUGCUUUUACUCAGGAAGAAAACAAGUAUUGCCAUGUUUCCCUCUUAAGAUACCUGCAAUAUUUUGGCUUAUGUUGUACUCUAGGUUGUAGUUUAGACAUCAAAAGUAUUUUGUGUUUCAUACUACCGUCUUCCGUACUUGUAAAUAUUUGCACAUAGCAUGUUUAAGUUUUAUAUAGCUUGUAUGUUCUACUAAUGUUUGCGUUAUUCUCAUGUUCAUCUCCCAUUUGUUUCUUUCAGUGCUAUGCUACGAGUACUAACAUAAAUCAUCAUGUGUUUGUAUAUAAACAUAUCAUCAUAUUCAUCAUGAGGUUUAUGCCUUGCAUUAGGAAUAGAAGACUGCAUUAUUAGUUAUUUUUUUCUUUCAUGUUUGAGAUGUUAAUAUCUUUAAGAUGACAGUUUGUGUGAUGGCGUAACUAUUUUAAGUAGCGUCUAUGCAACAUGAAUAGGUAGCAACAGAGCAAGUAGUUAGUGUUAACAAAGAUUGUAUUCCUUUCUUGAUGAGAUUGCAUCGUUACUGACUCCACAAUUUUUAUUUUUUCAUUUUUUGUUGUUGAUCAGAUGAUGAACAAGUGUUUCUAUAAUCAGUAUUAUGUUUAUAACCUCUUUUAGUUUUGUUUGCUACUGUGAUUUUAUUUUUCUCUUUUUAUGUUUUGGUAAGCUUUGUAUGUAAAUAGAUGUAUAUUGAAAAAAAAAACAAGGGUGCCUUGCACAACAGCAUUUUGUGCAGAAAACCAAGAUGCUACAUUGUUUUAAAAUGUUUGGUUUCUGUAACUGUUCCAAUUGAAGAAAAAACAAAACAGACAUUGAUAUGCGAUGAUUCCGCUGCUGAUUCAGUGAUUCAAGCUUGUAAUAUACACAACUGACCCAAAACGGUUUCAUGUAAAAGAAAUCUGUCUGAUUCCGUUGGACAGAUAACAAGAUGUUCAUCUUCUCAGUUAUUUUGAGGAAAGGUAUUUUAAUAAACACCAAAAGGAAGUUGUUUUCUGCUA